GUACCAUACAGGUUCACUGGCAUUUGGAGCCUUAAUUCUUGCAAUUGUCCAGCUUAUUAGAGUAAUACUGGAGUACUUGGAUCACAAACUGAAAGGUACACAGAACUCCUUCACUAGAUUUCUACUCUGCUGCCUCAAAUGCUGUUUCUGGUGUUUGGAAAAAUUCUUAAAAUUUAUAAACAGAAAUGCCUACAUCAUGAUCGCCAUAUAUGGUAAAAAUUUCUGCACCUCGGCAAAGGAAGCAUUCUUUUUGCUCAUGCGGAAUGUGGUGAGAGUUGCAGUCCUGGACAAAGUUACAGACUUUCUCUUAUUCCUGGGGAAAAUUCUCGUGGCUGGUGGUGUAGGUGUUCUUGCAUUCUUUUUCUUCACACAGAGAAUACCAGUCUUUGCACAGGAAGCACCAACAUUGAAUUACUACUGGGUACCAUUGUUGACCGUGAUUAUUGGCUCCUACCUAGUUGCACAUGGGUUCUUCAGCGUCUAUGCAAUGUGUGUCGACACGCUUUUCCUCUGCUUUUGUGAAGACCUUGAAAGAAAUGAUGGAUCUACAGCAAAACCCUACUUCAUGUCAGCUAGCCUUCACCGAAUUCUAGGGAAGAAGGAACUAAGCCCUAAGAAGGCAGUUGGAUAACAUACACUAAACCUCAACAUCAAAACAGUGUCAUUUUUAAGCAAAACGUGUAUAAAGUAGGCAAAAGUAAAAACUGUAAAUGAUG